UCUACGUCCAGUGACCUUCCUGGCCCUGCCACAUAUGCUCUUCUCCCAGCUUAAAAUCCUCCCAAAAAAACUGAUGGGAAGGAGAGAAAGAAGAUGGGGGCAGAGAAGAGGGGGAGAUUAUCAAGGCAAGCAUUGGCUGGCUUAAAGUUCUUCCAGACCCAGCACCAAGUUGAUAAAGUCUGAAUAUGGAAUGAUGUACAUCCAAGUAGAAGAGGGCUUACAGCUGUUUGUAGUUAUUAAUCACCCUGGCUAUAAAAAAGGAAAUUAGGACUUUCUCCUGAUACUGCUUCCCACAUAUGCAUUCCAUCUCUCCAACUGGAUUGUUGAACUAUUUAAAGACAGGGAGCCCAGGGAAGAUGGAGACGGAUUCAGGAGCGCAAACCACAAAUCAGACACAAACAGAUUCUUUAUCUCCAUCCCCCAAUCCUGUGUCACCUGUGCCUUUGAAUAACCCAACAAGCGCCCCAAGAUUUGGAACCGUGAUUCCUAAUCGUAUCUUCGUGGGAGGGAUUGACUUUAAGACUAAUGAAAAUGACUUAAGGAAAUUUUUUGCCCAGUAUGGGUCUGUGAAAGAAGUGAAGAUUGUAAAUGACAGAGCUGGAGUGUCAAAAGGGUAUGGUUUCAUCACUUUUGAAACACAAGAAGAUGCGCAAAAAAUUUUGCAAGAGGCAGAGAAACUUAAUUAUAAAGAUAAGAAACUGAAUAUCGGUCCAGCAAUAAGAAAACAACAAGUAGGGAUUCCUCGUUCUAGUAUAAUGCCAGCAGCUGGAACAAUGUACCUGACUACUUCAACUGGCUAUCCUUACACCUACCAUAACGGUGUUGCAUAUUUUCAUACUCCUGAAGUAGCUUCUGUCCCACCACCUUGGCCUUCACGAUCUAUAUCUAGUUCCCCUGUGAUGGUAGCUCAACCUGUUUAUCAGCAACCCGCAUAUCAUUAUCAGGCACCUGCACAAUGUCUUCCAGGACAAUGGCAGUGGGGAGUCCCCCAGUCUCCAGCUUCUUCAGCCCCAUUUUUAUACCUACAGCCAUCUGAGGUUAUUUAUCAACCCGUAGAAAUUGCACAAGAUGGUGGGUGUGUUCCCCCCCCUCUUUCUCUAAUGGAAGCUUCAGUUCCAGAGCCUUAUUCUGAUCAUGGAGUUCAAGCAACAUAUCAUCAGGUUUAUGCCCAAAGUGCAAUUGCUAUGCCUGCGCCAGUGAUGCAGCCUGAACCAAUUAAAGCUCUACCUGAAUUCAAGUCUUCAUUACCAUUUGGCUAUAUGAUUGCAAGUCUCCUAAUUGGUCUCCAUACUUCAUGCUGAGUCUCUUCACUCAUCACACAGUUGCCAGAUGGCUAUUUCUAAGUCAUAGAUGUGACUAUCUCUCUCUCCUUCUCAGAAAUCUUCAGUUGCUCCUACUGUCAAGAAGAUAAAAUACAAAAUCCUUACCUUGCUACUUAAAACCCUCCGUAGUCUAGCUCCCAACUUGGCUUUCCAGUUAUUUUAUACUAUUCUUUCAUAUAUCUUCUUUUUUUAAAGCCAAACCAAACUUCUAGCACUUCCACAUAGAUGGUAUUCCAUCUCUUGCCUUUGCACAGGCAUAACUAGAAUGCACGCUCCCUCAUUUUCACCGAUUUUAAAUUUCCUUGAAAGCAGAGAUAGGUACCAUUUCCUAUACAAGAUCUUUUCUAUCAUCUCCCCAUUUAUUAGUUCUUUCUCUCCCUCUUCCCCCAUCUCUUGUCUGUCUCUGUCUCCCUGUCUCUCUGCUUUCUCUAGCUCUUUCCCCCAUUUCUUCUCUUCUCUCUUAAUAUUACCUCAUAUCAUUUAGUAUAGACUUUGAAUUUACUCAUCUGUGUAUAUGUUGUAUAUCUCCAACCAUAUGUAAGCUCUUUGAGGAGAAAGGAUUGCUUCAUUUUUCUUUAUAUUCUAGUGCUAAAGCAAUGCCUUGCACAUAGUGGGUGCUUAAUAAAUGUUUGUUGAAUGAA